GGCUUUGGGGCGCUUCUUGACUGAGUUUACCUUUGACUUCGGUCAGAAUUGUUCCGGGUUUCUUUCUCCCACAAGAUGGCAGCGUCUAAAGACGAGUUACUGCUGCCGCGGCUUCCGGAGCUCUUCGAAACUAGCAAGAAACUUCUGGAGGAAGUGGAAAUAGCAACUGAACCUACCGGCUCCCGGACAAUCCAGGAUAAAGUGUCCAAAGGAUUGGACCUCCUUGAGAAGGCUGCUGGAAUGUUAUCGCAGCUUGAUUUGUUCAGCCGAAAUGAAGAUCUGGAAGAGAUUGCUUCCACCGACCUGAAGUACCUGAUGGUGCCAGCGUUGCAAGGAGCUCUCACCAUGAAGCAAGUCAACCCCAGCAAGCGUCUAGAUCAUUUGCAGCGGGCUCGAGAACACUUCAUCAAUUUCUUAACUCAGUGUCAUUGCUAUCAUGUGGCAGAGUUUCAGCUACCCCAAACCAAGAAUAACUCAGCUGAAAAUAACACUGCUAGCUCCUCCAUGGCCUAUCCAAAUCUCGUUGCUAUGGCAUCUCAAAGACAGGCUAAAAUAGAGAGAUACAAGCAGAAGAAGGAGGUGGAGCAUAGGUUGUCUGCACUGGAAUCUGCUGUGGAAAGUGGUCAAGCAGAUGAUGAGCGUGUUCGUGAAUAUCACCUCCUUCACCUUCGGAGGUGGAUUGCUAUCAGCUUAGAAGAGAUUGAGAGCAUUGACCAGGAAAUAAAGAUCCUCAAAGAAAAAGACUCUCCAAGAGAGGCAUCAACUUCUCACUCAUCUCUUCCAGAGAAGCCUCCAGUGAAACCUUUCAUACUCACUCGGAACAAGGCCCAAGCCAAAGUAUUUGGAGCUGGUUAUCCAAGCCUGGCAACUAUGACGGUGAGUGACUGGUAUGAACAGCAUCAGAAAUACGGAGCAUUACCAGAUCGGGGACUAGCCAAGCCGACACCAGCUGAUUGCACACAAGCAGCUCCACAGCAGCAUGACCAAGAAGAAAAGGAUGAGGAGAGCGAAGAGAAAGCUGUGCACAGACUGCGAGAGUGGGAUGACUGGAAGGACACCCAUCCCAGAGGCUAUGGCAACCGGCAGAACAUGGGCUAAUCCUCCUGAAGGGCCAAAGGACCACGUGGUACACACCAAGGACAACCUCAGCAGGGUGCAGUGAAGGCAGCCAGGCAGAGUCUUGCUUUGCCUUCAGUUGUGUCAAAUAAUUGCUUGUACCCUAGGUAAUGACCAGAGAUUUUGUUUGGCUUUAUUAAUUCUCAUCAUGGUGAUUCUAAGUGGUCGGGAAAGAGCACUAAGACAUGGCUCUAUAUAACCUAUGAUAGUAUGAAUUCAUUCUCUUCCAAAAGUAAUAAACCCCUCUAGUAUGCGGGCCUAUGCACACA